AUGGACGAAGGGCCUAACCGCAGGGACACCAAAGUUUGGCGAGCGCUUCCAUAUGUCAAGAACGUUUCGGAAGCUGUUGGCUGCCUUCUCGCACACAGGCCAGAGGCAAUCGUCAGGCGUCAACUGAUGAAACCAAAAGACCCACUGCCACGGCAAGAAACGUCUGGAGUCGUUUAUCGGAUCUGCCGCAGUUGCGGACAUAGCAACUACGUCGGAGAAACCGGAAGACAGCGCCGAACGCGAAUGACCGAACACGCUGCAGCAGUGCGGAGAAAUGACGCCAGCUCACAAGUUGCGGCUCAUUCGACGGGUUCCGGCCACACAUUCAAAAUUGACGAGGCCGAAAUUCUCGCAAGAGGUGACAACCGCGUGAUCCGGGAGCUGCUUGAGUCUUGGUUCACUGGCCCCCAGUCUAUUAACAUGUGCAAUGAUCUUCCCAUUCAAUACAGCGUGCUGAGACUUCGUCUAGGCGGAGAAAUUGGCCACGCGGGGAGCGCCCUGAUGUACACUCUUCCCAACACCCGGGUCAGCGGGUCAGAUGGUCGAGCAAUCAUCACACCAACAUCCAACGCACGUGAUGAAAUUGCAGCAAUUAAGGACGCGAAUAUCGACCAUCUCGCCACGUGCAACGAUCCCUGA